AUGGCGAAAUUCGCCGGUAAGCCUUCCAAUGGUAUUAAAGAUUCCGUUCUACUUGGCAGUCACCGAUUUCUUAAUAUAUACCAUGAAUUUUCCGAACAUUUUGUUCUUAUUGAUUUUCCGCCAUCCGUGGCCCGAUCCGGUUCGUUAUCAAUAUUGUGUCAUUAUGAGAAUUUCUCAUUAGGUGCAUAUGAUUGGAAGUUUUUGACAAUCUUAUUCUCAGCUUCGAUGGUGUUUGCGGUAAUCCCAACGGAUAAUUAUGGAGUGGACGUAUGGUGGUGUUCUAUCUUGCACGAAAGAAAUUCAAAAGCGGCUUAUCUGGCUAUAAUCAUCACUAUUAGUAUUGUCAUCAUAAAUGCUUAUUGCUAUGUUAGUGUCAUGCGACAAAUUCAUGUGAUUGAAGACUCUUUGAAUCGUAAAUGCGAUACAGACGUGUGGACUUUUAUAUUGUAUGGGGUAUCAAUGAACUUUGGAGGAAUAUUAAAUGGUUUGCAAUAUUACAUGGUUGAAGGUUGGCCUUCAAAACAAAAUCCAACGCUACCGCGUGUUAAGCAUGAUUUACACGACGAUCAACAACCCAUCAUGCUUGUUGUACAAGAUUCACCUCCCACUUCUAUAAUAUCUCAUUCAAUAUAUGUAAAACGAUGA